AGAGUUUAAUAAGUAAGGAAUUUCAAUUGUCUUCCAGGACAAAAUGCGGCCUCUCCAAAUUUUGAUCUGAAAAACCUAAAUUUUAUCAACUUUUAGUCACUAAUCAAGUGGAAAUUUUCUGCAUAACGAGCUGAUGUUCGCCGAGAUUAUUGAUAGCAGGUUUGGAUCAAAUUUAGAAGAUAACACCAUACCUGACAAUGAUGGUAAAGAGCUCAAUGGAAACAAUGUGAAACGUAUGAACCCUCAAGACAAACGUACAAAACGAGGAAACAAAAAAUCUGCGAGACACUAUGAUGGAAAUUUUGUUGACAUCAACAACAUGUCACAGUUCACACCUAGUCAUUGGACAAUGAACCACCCGCACCCACAAAGGCAGCAUCUCUACCCAGCCAUGUCUGAUCCAAGUGUUUGCAGUUACCAGAUUCCAAUUAGUUUUCCUAUGGAGUCAGUGUCAUUUCCUUGCUACCCUGUCUACCAAUCACCGGUUAUACCUGAGAUGCGGAAACAGUCCCAUUUAUCUCCUAGACGGCUUCCUUCUCAAUCGCGAAUCAUUAAUAACACCCAUUUACGCCAGUCUGAAAAUUACACCAGUCUUCCACCUGUUCCUCCUCCGGAAGCCCCAGAAGAUCAUCAGCGCCGAUUCAGUGACCCUGGUCUUGGAAACGUCGAUGACUCAGACUUAGAAUCAUCAACGUGCGGUUCUGAUGACUCAGUCCCUCUCAGCAAUUCCAAACUGAUGGAUCAGCUAACGGCAGUAAAUAAUCAAGUCCAACGGUUGAGUACGCAGCUUUUUCAGACGCAAAGCGAACUGGAUGAAUUGAAGUUAGACAUGGUUUCAGUGAAAAAUUCGCUCGCUUCCAAAUAUGAACAGCCUGGCUUGUUAUCUGAGAUGAUUGGUGAAAUCAAAAAAGCUGCUGAAAUCAGAGAAAAAGCAUUUCUUUCUCAAAUAUCUAGUUUUAUCUCUUCAGUGAAUUUAAAGAAAUUUGAAACUAGUUGUCAUGAGGAGAGCGUCAAUGUUUCUGAGAAAGGAGAUCAACCAACAGUGACCUCCUCUGAGUUCGAGAUUGACUCAUCAAGGAAAAUUUUAGAGGUAGAGAAAAAGUGCGUUCAACUGGAACAAGCCCUUAGUGAUGCAAUAUCCGCAAAAAUAAAAGCUGAAAAUGAAGCUGAAAGAUGGAAAACCAAGCUAAUAUCACAAAAAGAUAAAUCAUCAUCGCAGGAAACUGCGUCUUCAGAGAUAGACAAUGAUGAGAAACUUAUCGAGGAUUUAUCGAAAGUCAACCUGAGCACUCCAAAAGAAACCCAGUGCAUUUUGCCCUCUUCAAAAGGGGAUAGCUGUUCCUUCCCAGACUCGCAUACUAGGAGGAAAAAAGAAGACUUCACCAAAACUCACCCUGAUUCGACUGAGAGACUGGAUUCAUCACCAUCAACCAGAAUUUUAAACAGUAAAAAUUACUCAAGAUUAUUAUCGUCAGGACUUGAAAUUUUGGAUCAGCUCGAUGACCACGCUCUUGGACCAGUCACUGAUUUAUAGCCUAAUCUGAUCAACCUCGUUUUUCUCACCCAAGUCAACUUCUCUACUACUAAUCAAACUUAAGAAUUUUAAACUUAUUUGUUCGCUGAAAUAAGGCAUAUCAUAUUUUCAGAUUUAGUUGUAGUCUUAUCAUUGACUCGUUGAUCGUUAGGGAGUAAUUUGCUCUUUCAUCAAAAAGUAACCUGCUACUCGGAAAAUUCUACCAUCUAUGACUCUUGCAUUUUUGCUUCAAGGAGGCCAGUCAGUCAAAGAUGAAGAUAAUAUUGACAAAUCAUUUAGAUCGUAACAGUUUUUUUCGUUUAACUUUUCUUGCACAGACUGUAUGAAAACAAUUUACAUAAUCUUUUUGAAAUGAUUCAAGAUGGUUAUCUGCUUUUGUAGUUUUCGUAUCAAGUUGUUACUUUUGCCAAGCUUGUGGUUUUACAAACACUCAAUGGAGAAAGUGCUUUGCCACUUUGAAUUCACUCUCCUCUCGUAAUUCUUUCAAUUCAUUAAUGAUAACUAAUUUCAAAUGAUUUUUGCACCUAUAUUUUAAAAAUAAUUUCCCACUAUCACACUGUAUUGUAUACAUUUUGUUUUCCCCUUUCCUUCAUCAGCAAAAGACAAGUUACUAAUGUUUAAUUAAAUUCUUGCUUGAAAUUUUAUUAAAAUAAUUUCAGUGAAAUUUUCCUCCUCAGAGCCACAGUUAUAGAUGCUAGUAAUCUUCCCCACCCCCCUCCCCUUCAUGUUUUUAAAUAAAUAAAGUUGUUUUAUUUUAGCUUCUUUUUGGAGAUGAGAUUAAGUUAUGUACAAUUAACAUGUGCGAAACACCAGAAGUCUCACAAUCUUUUUUAGAAGUUACAUAAUAAGUGUGACUAAUUAAAAUUAUAUUUAAAUUACAUUUGAAAUUGAGGCGAAGUUUGCAUAGAACAUAGUACCAUUAUUUCCUGUAAUAAUUUUACUCUGGUUUUUGAUUCCCAUCAUUGCUAACUUCAAACUUUCAGAACCUUUCAUACAACCAGGUAAAUUUAAGUAAAUGAUUUGUUCUUUCUAACCAAGCAAAAAAUUGUUAAGCAAUCAUUGGUACGAUCUAUAAGUUGGGUAUUAUGGAGCUGUUGGCCUGAAUAACAAGCUCUUAAAUGCAUCUAACUUGCACUUUCUUUUUGCAUGGUCAAAUUUGACUGACUUUUAACGCCAAAUUAUUUUGUCAUCAUGCAAAUACCAAAGAUAAAAAUUGAUAUUAGGUGUGUAAGAUCCAACUAUGUAUCUCUUCAACUUCUCUCUACCAUGCUUAUCAACUGAAAGUGCAGACUUAUUGCCGAAAAUUUUUCAGGAGGGACUCAAACUCUGAAAUAGUAUGAUGAAUGUUACGUCAAGAUCAUUUUCAUUUUUAACAAGGUUAAGAUAUUGAUAUUAUCAAACAAGUGCCUUUUUAUGGAAUGUUGAGUGGUUUUCUGAACAAAUGUUAAGCCUCAAUUCAGACACACCACAAACAGUAGUCAUUUGUGUUUACUUUUUUCCAUUGGCUUGAAAAAUUAUUAAAAUGGAGUUCUAGCUCAAAUUUUUUUCCUAAUUUUUUUUAUAUCUAUUCAACACUUGAAGCGGCUUACUUAUUUGUAGGCCAUCAAAACAUUUUCAUUUUUGAAGCAAUAAGAGUGAAAAAUUAGUACUUCUCAUUUUAUAAAUUGGUCUUGAUUUUGUAGUUGUUAUUUUCACAUACUUUGUCAAGUAAUUUGUACAAUUAAUAUCCAAGAUUACAUGCAUUUUCAUAACUAAUGAGUCAAAACUUGAUGCCUCAAAAAAGUUGUCUUAAACUUAUGGAAUGUUACGAGCUUUUACUGUCAUUUUCUUGAGCUUUUAGUGUCAUUAUGGUUGAAGAUUUUAUCUUACGAGUCUAGUAUAUUUCUCUGUAUUUGGAAAUGUCUGUAAUUCUUUCCACCUUUAUGAACAGCUUCUCAUGAGAUAACUGUAAAAUUUAUUUUCUCUAACAUCUAGUGUACAAAUUAGCAAUUUUGACCUCUCACUUUGUAGAAGAGUGACUAUUUAUUCAGUGUAUUUCAGAUUUGUGGUUGUUUUUUUCAAUUAAUUUAGUCCUCAGUCCUGUAAUGCAAAAGAUCAUCUCAGCAGCUCAUUCUUGCACUGCAUUUUAAAAUUCAAAUGUAACACAAUGUAAAGCAGAAAUUGAUGACCACAAAAUUUAAGUAUGAUUAUUAAAUAGAAUGAACCAAAAUUAAGAACAUUGCAAUUGAAAAGAACUGUUGUGAACCUAUCUAAAAAUUCAAAUUCAAUCAGAAUAGUCUACUUGACAUGUUUUGAAUCUUGAAUGUAAUUUUUCCUCUUACAGGUAGGUCACUUUGAAGAUGGAACUUGAAGGAUUUGAGAUACACCGCGCAUGUUAUUUUAACUGACUUCAGUCCUCUAAAAUGGUUUCGCUCAAUUCAUUUUGUAUUUGUUAUAUUUACCAUAAGUAAUAUUGGGUUGUUGCUGCCUUUAUUAAGUAUGUGGAAAACAAGUAAAAAAAAAACCAGAAAGUCUUGCGUCUCAUGUAUGAGAAUGAAGAUACCUCUCUUCGAAUUUUUCGGCUGAAAUAUGUACUUUUGAAUAAAGUAUCCAUUACUGUCUCUCAAGAGUAAGAUGAUCAAAGAUUGUUAUAAAAGUAACCAAACAAAUACUGUGCCAUGAAAAUUUGCUCAAGAGAAUGAUAUUUUUUUAAAAAUCAUAAUAGUCGUUACCAAAUACUAACAUUAUAAGGUAUAUCAAGGGGUUUUUUGCUGAAAGUUUCACAAAAAUGCUACCUAUUCUCAAAGAAAAGCAUUUAAUCAUUUCACUGCUUCAUCUCAGAAGUUGGACCAAAAUAAAUUCAAACUAAGGCUUGCCUUACACAAAUAGAUGACCUUUCAAUCAUUCGUAUUGGUGCAUUCUGAUAUAAAGAUCUUCCACUUCCAAAGGUCAAUUUUGUCUUAAAAUGAUAAAGGAAAAUAAUUUUCAAUUUCGGAGCAAAUGAAAGAGUUUUAAUUUAUGUGCCCCCUCUGUAAAAGAUCUUCGCCCUUUGCUAUGAGCACUAUCAAAAUGGUGGAACUAAAUUAAUAUUCCUCAAGUAUCAAUGAAACAUUAUCCAUAUUGUAUAAGAAUUUUCAUUUUCAUCAGAGAAUUCGUUCCAAAUGCAAUGAUAAUUAUUGGAAAAUUCAUUCUAGAACGUUAGGCGUAUUUUUAAUGCAUUAUACAGAAAUCUAUCUCAAGAUCAAUGUAUCUUUUCAUUAUAACAUAAACAUCUCAAAUCUCGGGUAAAAAAAAGUCAUUAAAUAAAAGGCAACAAAACAAAAGAGGGAAAAAAACUUCAUUGCCCAAAGUUAUCGUGAAAGUCUGGCACUUUUUAAUUUUCCCCAAAAAUUGUCAAAUAUUAAUAAGUCAAUGCUAAACAUCCUGAGCUGCUUGUUGCCCCUAUUUUAAUACAUGAAGUGUUGUUACCAGGCAGUGCUGGAAAACUAGAACUUUCCUCCAUUUAAACCCAUGUAAAAUAUCAAAAUUUUAUCGCACCAACUGGCAAUUCUGAAUGGGGGCAUAAAUUAAAGCUAAGAGUAUAAACAAUUCAUUGGUAUGAUUGUUGUUUUCCCUUUUUGAAUAAAUCACAAAAAAGGGAAUUAAAAUGUGAUGGACCUCUAGAUGUU